AUGUCCGACUUCAGGUACCUCCCCUUCCCGCUUCCCGCUGAUGCGACCCUCACACUCACCACCACAAUCACCAGAGACCCCUCCACCCCCAUUCCAACAACCAGCACACCUCCCUCGAUCACAACCGCCUCCCUCCAAGACCCCUCCCGGACCCUCUCCAUCACCACAAUCACACUCCGCGUCACAGACACCCCGUCCAACUCUAGCAGCAUCGUCCUCAGUACCAUCGCAGCAUCCCCCUCCUCUCUGAUUCCCACCCCUACCCCCUCGAGACCAGCCCACAAGCCCGCAGUCCGAGGCGACAUCACUCCCACAUUUUACAUCCUCGCCCUUGUCCCCAUCCUAGUGAUGAUCCUAUGCGCCUACGAAUCCUACACCCACCGCAAGAUCGACGCCAAGCAGAAGAACAUCACCACCACCAGGGCCGCCGCCCCUCGCAACCACCCCAAUGGCGACAUCGAGCUCCAGGAUCUCUCCACCGCCCCCGCGGCCCCCCUGCGCCAGUACUGGUGGUUCGAGGACGACACCGUCACAAACCAGGUAAGCACCGACACCGACGACCGCGGCGCGCCCUACAACUCCCUCUGCCACCCGCGCCCCCCUAUCCCCCUUCCCUCCCUCUGGACAGCCUCCUGGUGGCCGUACAGCCGCGGCAGCGGCCAAGGCCGUCCCCACGGGACGCUCCCGGGCUGGGGCAGGCGGCACACCUUCUCCGAGUGCGGCUCGUAUCCCUCCACCUUCGACCCGUCCCGGCCUCGCCUCGGGCUCAAGUUCGAGCCUCUCACACAAGAGGUCAGGAGACGGGGGCGGAACGGAGGAGGAGGGGAGGUCUACUCGCGCCGCCUGAUCGUGGGCCGUGACGCCGACGGCGCCACCGACACCGCCCCCGCAGCCGCCGAGACCGACCUCGUGCCCUCCCGGCCUUCCACCCCCGACUGGGCCGCCGGAAUCCCCUCGUACUACAACAAUGGCCGCUCCCCGACCCUCAACUACUCGUCCUCCGUCUCCUCCUGCAGUUCUACCUCCGUCGCCGACGUGGAUAUGAUCCCGCCUGGCAUGAGCGCCAAAGCCGCCGGCAAGCUGCCCGCCAAGCCCUAG